UUUCUAGAUGAAAGAUACGUGCCCAGAGCUAUACUGCUUGAUUUCGAUUGCAGCAAUGUGCAUUACGUGUUAUCUAACUCGCUAUUUAAUGUCGAGAAUGUAGUGUGCGGCAAAUCCGGGAUUAAUAACAAUUGGGCCAAAGGUCGUUACACCGAAGGAGCCGACAUCCUGAAAGAAGCCUUGAAGAUCGUGCGAACGGAAGUCGAGGCCUGCGAUUCGGUCCAAGGUAUACAGAUUGUGCAUGCUGUGGGCGGUGGUGCUGGAUCAGGCUUCGGCAGUUUGUUCGCCCUAUACAUAAUGGACGAAUAUCCCAAUAAAAUUCUGAAAUCUUACACAUUGAUGCCAUCAUCACAGGACGACAUAAUAACACAACCUUACAACGCGGUAUUAACGAUUCCCUACUUGAUCGAUUGCAUCCACGAGGUUUUUUGCAUCAGUAACGACGCUAUGAGCCGCAUUUGCUCCGACAGAUUGAAUAUCGUACCAAAUAAAGACUUCUACCCCGAGAUAAAUCAUUUAAUUUCUCUCUGCAUGUCAGGAAUCACAGCGUGUUUAAGGUUUCCAGGUCAGUUAAAUGCAGGGCUCAGAAAGCUCCUGGUGAAUAUGGUGCCGUUUCCACGACUGCACUUUUUCGUGCCUGGAUACGUACCCCUAAUACCAAAGCAUAGGUUUGCUCGCAAAAAAGGAAAGGUUAGAACAUUGAUUCAAGAUAUGUUCAAAAGUGAAAGCAUGUUUAUCAAUUGCGAUCCUAGAAACGGACAAUUUCUUACUGCCGCUGCUAUCUUCAGAGGCAGAAUAUCAACUAAGGUAUCCAUUAAUAAAAAUUAGAAGUAUAAAAUAAA